AUGGCAUACGAAGAAGACCCCCAACUUUCACGACAUGAGAUCGAAGACCUUAUUGAUGAUGUGUACAGUUUUUUGCCGGAGGAAAUAGCAGACACGUUGACAGAGGACAAAGUCGAAACGUUUUUAGAGAAGGCGAAUUACGAUGUCAAGCGAGCUAUAGCGUUCAUUAAAAAGAAAUAUGUUCCUGUUAAGAAAACGGCUGUUAUUGAGAAGACGGCGACAUCGAAAACACCCGUCCCGUCGUCUAAAACCCCAUUCAAACCAAAAACACCCGUCCCGAAGACUCCAAGUCCUCUCCCAUCGACGCCUCGUAAUAUGCCACAAGUACAACACACAGAAAAGCGCCAUAGAGAAUCUUUUGCGGGGCAUGUCGACUCGGGGAAGUCGACGACCGUCGGCCACAUCUUACAGGAAGUCGGCGUAGUGGCGCACUCUUCUCUCGAAAAGAACAAAAAGGAGUGCGCGGUGCAAGGCAAGAAAUCAUUUGAGUACGCAUGGGUGAUGGACACCGACGACGAAGAAAGGACAAGGG